CUGACAAGAAGUCACUAUUCCACCCGUAAGAAAACCUGAAUCUGCUUAAAUCAUGUUCUCUAUUCACUAACUCUUGUUUUAAUCAUUCCAUUUGAUGAUUAUUGACAGGAUGAAAAACGUGAGAAUUUCAUCGAAAAAGUUAUGCAGUGUGAUUGCAUAAUCUACAACAUUAAAGAUGAUUACAAGGCAAUUGAUGAUGCCUUAUGGAUAUUGGAAAAACUACACGAUAAUCUUGAUAAGUUUGCCGCACAAAAACAAUUUAUUCUCAUCUCAUCGGUGUUGACAUGGGCAAAAAGUUCACUACCAGAUCCAAAUGAUCGAGAGAUGCCGUUCACGGAUGAUGAUUACCUGAGAAGAAAGGCACAUUCUAAUUAUGAAGAACACAUACUUGCUGAGAAGUCUGUAAUACAACAAGGGAAAACAGCUGCAUGGAAUAGUGAACCAUUUCUUCAAUUUCCUGGAGACAGAAACAACAUUGUGCCGACAAUACAUUUACGUGAUUUAACCAGGUAUCGUUUUUGUAAACAACUAUUUCUUUUUGAUAUGGUUGUGUUCUCUGAGCUGGAUAGUUAAUUUGCGAAGCUUUCAUCGCCCUACAAGGCGACAUCUUCAGCGCAUACUUCAAUUCGUCGAAGUGAGCUUUCAGAUUUCUCCACGAGUUUAUUAAUCAUCUCUCCUGGUGGGUGACCUUGGACGUGAUUGGUUGUUUUUGUGUGUUUUCACACCUUCUAGGUUAUUUGUAUUGUAAUUCAUUGUUUCUUUGACUUGAAAUUUGAUCCUUUGUGUGUGACGUUUCUUUCUUAUCGGCUGAUAAAUUUUGUCAAUGUCGAUGUGUCUAUUGAUUGAUAAUUCACUGGAAUGCCAAGCUUCUAAAAAUUCUCUAGCAUUCUUGUUGUUUCCUCUGUCUAAUAUUUGAACGUUGUCCCAGUCGAAUUGAUGUCCGUGGUUGUCUGUAUGUAGUGAUAUGAGGGAGUGGAUAUCAUGUCUUUUGACAGCUAGCUUAUGAUCGUGGAUACGAAGGGAACAUCCACUUUGGCCAAUGUAGUGUUUUUCCCAUUUGAUACAAUCUAUUUUGUAGAUGAUGUUGGUUUUAUCUUCCUUCGCUGUUGAGUCUUUUGGUUGACAUGGAAUUGAUUGAAGUGACUUUGUUAGUUUGUGUACGACGUCCAUUCCCAAAGUUUUGAAUAGUCUUGUAGUGAUUUCUGAGAUGUCCUUUAUAUAUGGUAAGGCAAUUUUCUUUGUGCUUUCCUUGGGGGCUUUUGGUGUGAUUGGUUGGCUUGAGGGUAUAUGUCUUUUGAUGAAAUUCCGUGGAUAUCCAUUCUUUUGGAAGACGUCCAUGAGAUAUCUAUAACUAUUCCUUUGCUUUGAGCUCUGAAGUUCCAGUAGCUGUGGUGUUGAUUUUACAGGGUGAGGGGUGUUAGCUUCACAAGCAACCCUCCUUCUGUUUUUCCAGGCUUAUUAGAAGAAAGUACACUGGGUCAGGUUUAGGAGUGUGCUAGUGGCCAGGAAUGAACCUCUGACCUCCCUCCCGAAUGUAACUGACAAGUAUUAUGCCACUGUACUACCGACACACUUGUAAACAAAUUCCACUAAAAUCAAUAUACUUUGUGCUACAUGUAUUCAGUAUUACAACAGUCGGAAGUUAUAAUGCCUAAUAUUUAUUAUUUGAUUACUUAAACUUUUGUAAUCGGUCUCCAGUUGACAUUUAUGUAUAACCUAUGGACGUUUAGGAGAGAGACGGGAUGUUGACGUUUAAGCAAAGUACAAUGUAUAUAAACGCAAGUUCUUAUCCCUCAACUCCUAUAUUAUUAUUUGUUCUGCUUAGACCAAAGACAUAUUAAAACACCAAAUCGAUUGACCAAACUUAGUAUUAUUAUAAUUGUCCCCUUGAGUUCCUA